GGUGCUGGAAAAAUUACUGCCAACUUUACGCACAUUUAUUUUUUCUGCGUUUAAGAAGUGAUAUCAUCCCAGACAAAAUGUAUCAAUAACAAUAAUUUUGUGUGUGGCAUGUGAGACAAUCAUCAUCAUAAACAAAUUGUCGAAUAGUUAGGUAUACUUAUCGAGAAUGCCUCCGGUUGGUGGUUUUGCGGCAUUAUGUGUUCGCGGUACAGCGCCCAGUAUAAUAGAAAGAGCCAGUGUUCGUGGAGACUUUUCAAAAAUAAAGUUUUCGCCAAAUUUUGAUUCUCUUACGGGCAGCAUUACGAUUCAUUUUGAAACCUAUCGCAUUAGUCACAAUGGUAUCAAAGUACAAUUAGCGGGUCAUCUGGAUCUGGCCGGAAAAUGUGACACAAAUGUAUUUUGUGUCGAGGCUACGCUUCCAUCUGUUGAACUGGUUCACGGGCAUAAGCGACUUGAUUUUCAUUUAACUAUUCCACAACAUCAAUCAUUUCCUACGCCCUUUGUGUCGUCGCAUGGAAGUUUAACAUACAGAAUUUAUGCUUACAUUAAACGAGGAUACUGUUGGGAUAGUCUUGCUUCGAAAGUGUUAAAAUUCAAAGGACAUUACAACAUACUACAUCUGGAACCGAAUCCUUUUCACGAAACCAAAGUCAUGUCCAUUAACACAGGUGAAGUGAAGUCAACUUUUAGAGUUCCCAACACAGUGGCAAUCAUGGGCCAAUGCGAUGGCAUACAGGGAAUUUUAGAAUUAAACGGAGUUUUGGGAAAGAGUCAAGUCGAUGCAACGUUAACAUUUUUUAGAAAUACUAGUUACGGUGGUGACUGUUUUACCGAAAUUAUUUUGUCGCAAAGUCGACAUGCAGAAACUCACCAGACUAACGCUGAGUUUAGGUGGUCUAUUGACGUGCCAAUGAUGAAACGCAUCAGCUACUCGCAUCCUAUGUAUUCCGUACAUUACUACAUCAAGUACGAAGUAUUACUGGGUAUUGAUGGUGAACAAUACGCAUCAGCCAAUGGGGUCGUUGAACUAGAAAUAGGAACAUCACGAGAUUCACACACGACUGAAGCAAUAGCUACAAGUUCACGUACGAACAUAAAUACGAAUGAAGCAAUAAAUGAAGCUAAUGGAGUUCCAGAAGUUAACAGGCGUAGAUCCGCCAUGUCUUUGGUUUCAAUGAUGUCAUUACCACCGGCAUACUCGCAAUUGUCUUCAAUGUUUGGAUCUAUGAUGUCCUUGGAAACCUUGCCUCCACAAUAUGAAGAUUUAAAAAAGGAAUAAUAAAUGACAAGGAGAUGUCUUUUCCAGCUCUACCAUAUCUAAAUAUUUUCUACGAUUUAUAUCACUGAGAUUCUUGCCUCCACGAUUUUGACGGUGUCUUUUUUAGCAGUUUUGCGUGGAUCUUUAACGAUUGAGAAAGUGUACGUGUGCUGUCCACACGAUCUUUCUUGGGAUGAUCAUGGCACUUCGACUUGCUAUUUACUUGCAUUCUACAGUAACAACUAUGUGAAUUUUUCUAUAAUGAUGUAUCUCUUGUUUGAUUAAACGUUUGAUUGACAUGGCA